AUGGCUACUGCUUCUAUUACACCAAUGGGCGAUCAACUAAAGAACACAACAUUUCGUUUUAAUGAAAUAGCUAGAGAAUCUGGUAAGAUGUUACCACCACUCUAUGGUUAUAACAAACAGCACUUAGUAUCGCUCGAGGAAGCGACGGAGUUUCUCCAAGAUUCUAUUCCAAAUCUCAUUGGAUACAUCAAUUCAGCUAAAGGUCGAGCGAUAGAUACUACCUAUAACUUAUCCUGCGAUGAAGCUGCUGCUAUUACCUUGUACACAAUGGAAUGGGAACCAUAUACCGACGCAUUUUAUUAUGCUCUUAAUACAAAUUUACGUUUGGAAAAUCGAAAUGUUAUGAAACCGUGGUUUCCAUAUCUGAAGUUACUAUUCACUGCAUUAGCUCGUCUUCCAAAACAAGGAGAUAUUGUUGUUUACCGUGCAAUUCGUUAUGAACAUGAACACCAAUACGACCAAUAUAAGCAAGGAGCUGAAUUGCUUUGGUGGGGCUUUUCUUCAUGUUCAGCAGAGCGAAGCAUCAGCGAACAAGAGCAAUUUCUCGGUAGUGAUGGUUUUCGAAUAUUAUUCAUUAUCAACUGUAUUGAUGGAGUAGAUAUCAAAGCGUAUUCUACCUACCAGACUGAAAACGAGAUUUUACUUCUACCAGCAACGAAAGUUCGAGUUCUUCAAGUUGAUAAUGUUGAAAGAAACUUUCGAAUUAUUUAUCUUCGGCAACUACCCACACCUACGGGUCUUUUAGAAUCUGUAACAUUAACGGAUACAUCAUCUAAAAGUCGACUUUUGAAAAGAACUUUAUCAGUAUUUCAUCAUUCAAAGCAGAGAUAUAACCCGAAACUGCUCGAAGAAAUAGGUCGUUACAGACCAGGCACAGAUGUGUGUUUAUCCCGUCGAUACUAUGAGCAUGACGAAUUCGACACUGUUGUCACCAGCUAUAUUAUCGACAAACGAUGUCCAGGAAUAGUCUUACGUGAAAGUAAAAUAACCGCACAAGAUGUACGAAUUCUCUCGUCAGUUUUGCUCAUUGAUGGAGUCGCUUUAGAAAGAUUAUACUUAACUAACAAUCGAAUUGGCGAUGAUGGAGUCGAGCAUCUUACCAUUGCGCUUUCGCUUAAUGGUAAUUCUAAACUGGCACAUCUUUGCUUAGCAUCGAAUCGCAUCACAGAUGUCGGUGCUGUGCACAUUGCGAAUAUGCUUGAGACAAAUCGAUCGUUGGUGAAUUUAAUGUUGGGAAGAAAUAAAAUUCGGGACGAUGGCUUACAGAAAUUAGUCGAAGUUUUAACCACCAAGAACAGAACAUUGAAAGUUCUUUCUAUAGAACGGAAUGAAUUCAAGAACAGUGAACCUAUUUUUCAGUUGUUGGAAAAGAAUACGUCGAUGAAUGAAAUUAAUAUAAUUGGCUGCAACUUCUCGAGUACAGACAUAGCAGAAAUACGAAAAGUCGCUGCUAGAGUGAACAAAAAAGUUGUGUACUGUUAA